AUGGGAGCCAACACGUCGGAACCUACCUCAUUCCGAACUCCACGAACUCGCUCGAAUCAGUCCCCUCGAACUCCAGCGAGUCACCUGAGCCCAUCUCCCUCCACUUCUGAAUCUAAUCCCACCACCGCAGCUUACACUAACACUUCAUCUUACACGAAAGAUACGUCGUGGGGUACCUCGCUGUCAUGUCAAUCUUCUCUUUCAAGCCUCCGCCAAUCCCUCUCCGAAAAUCCUCACAUCUACGACAUAACCGAAAUCCGAACUGCCACCAACAACUUCUUAGCCAAGCGCUACUCCUCCACUUCCUCCUCUGCCUUCUCUGCCGCUGCUUGCUGGCGCUGCAACCUCAGGGGCCGUGAUACUGUCGUUUUCCAACGCAAGUUUCGCCGUAAAAUCCAGACGUCUCAACUGAAAGAACGACUGUCCAUCAUUUGUAGAAGCAAUCACAUGAGUAUAAUCAAACUCCUCGGCGCUUCCAUAUCCGGCGAUCAUAUUUACCUUGUUUAUGAGUUCAUACAAGGAUCAAAUCUCGUUGAGUGCUUGAGAAACCCUAGAAACCCGAGCUAUACUGUUCUCUCGACGUGGAUUUCGCGAAUGCAAAUCGCUACGGACCUCGCUCACGGUCUCGACUAUGUUCACAAUAACACCGGAUUAAAUCUCAGCAUCGUUCACAAUCACAUUAAGAGCAGUAGCAUUAUUGUCACAGAGCCUUCUUUCAAUGCCAAGAUUUGCCAUUUCGGAACGGCACAGCUUCGUGGCGAAACGGACGACAUCGAAACGCUGGAAACCGGCUCUUCGAAACGAGAAACAGAAAUCGAAGGAGGUAACGCGAGUUUUAGGGAAUUGAAGAGAUACGAUAGUGGAGAUAGGCAUUUCGAAGGGUUGAGAGAUUACAUGUCGCCAGAAUUCAGAUCCAGCGGCAGCGUGACACAGAAAUCUGAUGUUUUCGCCUUCGGAGUAGUGAUUUUGGAGCUACUAUCCGGGGAGGAACCGUUGAAAUACCGAUACGACAAAAAAACCGGUGAUUUUCUAAGGACAUCUGUGAUAGAUACUGCUAUGGCAGCCACGGCGGAGGGCAGGGAAGGGUUGAGGCAGUGGGUUGAUAGGAGGAUGAAUGAUUCGUUUCCAGUUAAGGUGGCGGAGAAGUUGAUACAACUAGCGUUGGAUUGCGUACACGUGGAUCCUGAUAACCGGCCUGAUAUGGGACGCGUGGCAGGGAAGAUAUCCAAACUUUAUCUUGAGUCGAGGAUUUGGUUGGAAAAUGUAAAAGUUCCAACAGGCAUUUCGGUCUCCUUGGCACCCAGAUGAGUUGGGUAUAUGGCGGCUCAUAUUUUUAGUUCAUACUCUUUUUCUAAUGGCAUAAGGAUUUUUUUUCCAAAUUAAAAUGAUUUUUUUUUUAAAUUUAGAGUGCGAAAAGAUUCAUUAUGACUUUGUUAAUGAUUCGCCUUAGAUAUUGACAGAAGUGGGAGAAAACGAAGAUACAGAUUUUGAUUUGCUUGUUGGGUUGAAAAUUGAAAUCUCAAUAUUUUAAUAUUAGGAAAACAGAAUAAUUGUCCUGUAGGCAGCACGUAACUGCAAAUUAGGUCAAUCUUAGAAAUUGUUACUGCGAAUUUGCUUUGUUAAAGAGAAAAAUGGAUCUACAAGUAUGGGAAGAUGUAAAGAAAUUGAUUCACUUUUUUCUUAUUA